GUGUUUUCCACUGGAGAAAUAUGAUUCAGUACAGAAGUGAAUGAGAAUGAUUCGUUCACUUAAAAGAUUCGUUUGAAAUCAGUGAAUCGUUCAGUAACGCAACACCCCGAGUCAGGAAGCCCGGAGCUGCGGCGCCACACGGAUCAGGUAACAGGUCAUUCAGUUUCACCUCCAUCCUGAAAAUGACCGAGAGCUUAGAGGAGCACGGGGUGAAAGUGGACCUGGAGUCCUCCACAUACUCUCAGGUUGUGUUUAUUGAUGUGCCUCCGUCCUAUCCACUCAACACCGAUGUGAUCUGCUGUUACAAGGUGACAGGAGGCCUGAUCCCCAACUCCAAAGACUGGAUAGGCAUCUACAAGGUUGGCUGGGAGUCAGCAGUGAAAUAUUACUGUUAUGAAUGGACGAAGCCUUGUUCAGACUAUGAAGGAUUUGAACAGCAAAUUGUCUUUAAGAAAUCCUACCUCCCUACAGAUGAUGGUGAGUUUUAUCAGUUCUGCUACGUGGACAGCAAUUCUCAGGUACGAGGAGCGAGCACACCAUUCUCCUUCCAGAACCCAGCAGAAAUAAGUGUAGACUGCAGCCUUUUAGUGAUCUCAACACAGGAGCAAGUGGAACAGACGGAGAAGGAAAAAGAGGUCUUGCUGACUCAGAUAGAAGAGUUAAAAGAAGGGAAAUCUAUUUUAAAAAAUGAGCUGGAUGAAAGACUGCAAGAGAUCCACCGUCUCAGGAUGUACAUUGACAAGAUGAAGUCUUGCAGUAGAAGUGAAACGUUCUCACUGAAAGAGCAACCUGAAAGUCCGCAGCAGGAUACCUUAGAACAGCCCUUUCUCUCUGACUCUGUGGCAGAAAACAAACCAGAACACGAGUCGCUGACCUCUAUUCAUGAGAAGUAUGAGAGAGCAUGCAGGAAGAUUACCAUCCUGAAGCAGGAGAAAGCCGAGCUACAACAACAGCUCAAGGACAAGGAUACAGUGAUUUCAGAGCUGAGACCCAUGGCCAAAAAGACAGAACAGGACUAUAGCAGAUUACAAGAUCAGUUUCAACUUCAACAGGUUGAUAUGCAAAAUACCCUAAAGGACAAUGAAAGGUUGAAUGCUGAAAUUGAGGGAUUAAAAUGCGACCUGGAGAGAUUGAAGGAAGAGAACAAGGCCAUAAAUGCAACUGUGCCCAAGCAAGAACCUCCUGAGGAGGACAAAAGUGACAUAAAGAUGCAGAUGCUGACUCUGACCAAUGAGCUCAGAGAAGUCCGAGGGGCACUGCGCAAAGAGGUCCAGAACAGCGCAGAGGCCAACAAACGUGCAGAAAAAGCCGAGCUAGAGUUGAAAGAACUUAAGGUGCAGCUUGAGAAAAAGACUGGGGCUGAGGAAAGUCAGAUUGAGAUGGAAAUUGCAGAAGCUUGUAGGAGAAGCAGUGAACAGGCUAGCAUGGCAGAGGCAGCACGAUUAGAAAAUAUAAAGCUGUUGGAGGAAAACAAGAAACUUAAAGAAGACAUCGAAAGGUUACAGAGGAUGUAUGAGUUCUCCUCAGGAGCAAAUGUGAGCAACAAUCAGCAGCAACAAAACCCUCUCAGUCCAGUACCUGCAUCUCCCAUCAACACCCAGGAGCAACCACAGUUAGACACCCAUCUCUAUGAGGACAUCACUGGAACUCUUGAUCUUGCUAAUGCAGAAAACAAGGUGAUGGUGUGCCGUCAUUGCCGUGAGAGCUUUCCUGAUAUCACUGAACAUGAACUGGUGACACAUGAGCUGUCUCACAAAGUCUGUCCUUUCUGCACACUCAUAUGUGAUAACUGUGAACAGCAGGAGUUUGAAGACCACGUCUACAGCCAUGGGGAGUAGACAAUGUGUCCAUACUUGGAAACAGUUCUUUCUACUUAAAAUUGACUGUAAUAUUUAUCUUUUGACUUCUCAUUUCUCUAUAAGCUAUAUGAAUAAAAAUACAGAAAUUACUCUUAGAAAAGAGGCUUUCUCCCAGGUUCUUGGAUAGUUUGGGGCAGGGUUUUUUGCUAGUGGACUGAAAGAGUGAUAAUGGAUGUACUUGAUGUGAUUGUUGCACACAGAGUUUGCACUGCAUUUAAAUAUAAACUGAAUAAAUCCAGAGCGUUUUUAUUUGCCAUAUUUGUGCCAUACCAUGAUCUUGGAUUAUACUAUGUAACAAAUUUUUACUUUUUUCUUAAAUAAGUGUUAUUUCCCCAUUCUUUGUAACUC